AUGUCGCUGCACGGGAAGCGGAAGGAGAUCUACAAAUAUGAGGCGCCCUGGACCGUGUACGCCAUGAACUGGAGCGUCCGGCCGGACAAGCGGUUCCGUCUGGCGCUGGGCAGCUUCGUGGAGGAGUAUAACAACAAGGUGCAACUUGUUGGUUUGGAUGAAGAGAGCUCAGAAUUCAUUUGCAGGAACACCUUUGAUCACCCCUACCCCACCACAAAGCUUAUGUGGAUCCCAGACACCAAGGGAGUAUAUCCAGACCUGUUGGCAACCAGCGGUGACUAUCUGCGGGUGUGGAGAGUGGGUGAAACAGAGACCCGGCUGGAGUGUUUGCUGAACAAUAACAAGAACUCUGAUUUCUGCGCUCCACUAACAUCCUUUGACUGGAAUGAAGUGGAUCCUUACCUUCUAGGUACCUCUAGUAUUGACACAACCUGCACUAUUUGGGGUCUGGAGACAGGACAGGUUCUGGGAAGAGUAAAUCUGGUCUCUGGCCAUGUGAAGACCCAGCUUAUUGCGCAUGACAAAGAGGUGUAUGACAUAGCAUUUAGCCGUGCAGGUGGUGGGAGAGAUAUGUUCGCUUCAGUGGGUGCAGAUGGCUCGGUAAGGAUGUUCGACCUCCGUCAUCUGGAACACAGCACCAUAAUUUAUGAGGACCCACAGCACCAUCCACUGCUGCGUCUCUGCUGGAACAAGCAGGAUCCCAACUAUCUUGCUACGAUGGCCAUGGACGGCAUGGAGGUUGUGAUUCUAGAUGUCAGAGUUCCCUGCACUCCUGUUGCCAGGUUAAACAACCACAGAGCGUGUGUAAAUGGAAUUGCUUGGGCACCUCAUUCUUCCUGCCACAUUUGUACAGCAGCGGAUGACCAUCAGGCUCUCAUCUGGGAUAUCCAGCAGAUGCCUCGUGCCAUUGAGGACCCUAUCUUGGCCUAUACCGCAGAGGGAGAAAUCAACAAUGUACAGUGGGCAUCAACUCAGCCAGACUGGAUAGCUAUCUGCUACAACAACUGCCUGGAGAUUUUGAGAGUGUAACAUUACUGCUUCAUGCCACAUUGAGGCAGGGCUGUGUAAUUUCCCCUCCCCUCUAAAGUAAGAACAAUACAAGUCAAGUGGCCAGUAUCUGUUGUUGCUUUGCAUCUACUGUUACAAGAAACUGUUACAAGAAUCAAUGGCAGGUGUCUCCUGUCUCUCCAAGACUCUAAAAUGCAGAGAUGUGCUGAGCCUCUUGGACCUUCUGGGUUCUGGUUUUCUUUUUCUUUUUUUUUCUCAGUUAAAGUUCUGUAUAUUUGUUUGUUGACUGUAUUAAUAAGCUUGCAGGCUUUUCAUUUGCUGCAUAUGUCCAUGUGUUUGUCAGCCAGCUGAGGCAGCACAUCCAACUAGUUUAAUAGAUGCAAGUGCAAAACAAGGUGGGGAAAAAAAGACAUUGAUGUUAACAGCCACCUUGGCAGGAAUCUUUAUCAUUCCUGUUGUUGCUGCCUCUGAACUGUUUAAACAUUUGUAUGGUUUUUAUAUAUUGGGCUAACUUUCUAUUGAGUAAGGUUUUUCUCCCUAGUUCUUACUUUUGAUAUGUGAUCCACUUGCGUAUGCCCAAAGCAGGAUCUAUUUGUUGGUACAGAUCACGCGAACGCUGCAGGCUCCCUGGCAGUAAAGGCCUGCCAGAAUUAACUGUUGCCUUGGCUCUCUAUACCUGGUGACCUGGGCAGAAUUUUCUGGUGCUGUGAAGUACAAGUACUUAUUGCACAAUUUCUUUACACUUUUCUGAUGCUAGAGGCAGUUGUUACUAUGGUAGGCCUUCUUUUUAAAUUAUAACUGAAUUUGUGUGUAUCCUGCAGUUGUCUUAGCUAACAGAACAGUAAGAGGUUUCAGAAAGAAGAUACAUGCAUGACUUAAGCUCCCUCUGAGGUAAACAACUCCUGAAAAAAUGUGAUUUGUAAUGGACUCGGGAUUGACACUUCCAAUCAAGUGAUUUCCCCUCGGAAGGCUUACUAUCUAAACCAAAAUAAAAUGGUUUCACACUUUGUAGCUUGCUUGAUUGGCAAAUAAUAUGAGCAAGAUUUUG